AUGUCAGCAUUUGUUGAAUUACUGCGUAAAUCAAAUCUUGAUUAUAUUGUUGCACGAAAACCAUUUAAAAUUGGUUCACGUAGUGAUGAUGUUAUAUUGGCGUCAUUUAUUGAUAUGAAAACAAAAAAAUUACAAUUAGUUGCAUGUUUAGAUAAGCUAGAAUUAGUUACUGUAUGGUCAACAUCAUUAGAUGAACGUGCAUUUCAAUUAAAUGCUCGUCUAUUAGAUAUAUCAGAACUUGGUGAAACAAUGAAUUUUCUUUGUGAACGUAUAAAUGAAUCUGAUUUUACACUUGCUAAAGCUGCAUCAACAAAUAGUGAUGGUCAAUAUGAAGUUUCACAAGUUAAUGUUACAUUUACACAUCCAAAAAACAAACAAUCAAUAACUCUUCAACUUUAUGAACAUGUUGAUGAAGGAGAAAAAUCUUCAUUUUUAAGUAAAAUUCUUUUACAUGUUUAUAAACGUAAUGAACAAUUAACAGCUGAAGUUAAAACACAACAAUUACGUAUUAAAGAAUUAUCAACAAAAACACAACGUGCACAACCAAGAUCAAUUGGUAGUAAUCGAAAUUUUGAUGGAAAUCGAUCAAUGGAUUCAAAUAAUCAAAAAGGAAAUAUAAAUAAAUCACCAGGAAAUGUACAAAUGAGUUUAAUUAAUCCAGCAAUUAAACGACGUAAAGCACCAACUGGUGUUAAUUAUGAUGAUGAAGAUAGUGAUUAA